AACAGCAAAGAGGACACAAGAGUAUUCCUCUGCGUACAGCCUGAUGUUCCAAAUUAACCAACACCCACCCAAACAACAGUCUACUUUUACCAGAGUCCAUUUUAUGCUAUUAUUUCUGAGCAAAAGCACGUGAGUGGAAGCAGGAGCUUACAAGGAGCACUUGAAAGCAGCAUUUCUGUACUGGCAGGGAGAAGGAAGAGACGCACCAGCCGCUACACCCGGAGAAUAGACCGAAGUGCACCGAGCAGAGGGGAUGAUGCACGUCUCCUCUGGAUUUCUGACAGCAACUGGAAUUGUCAUUUGAUCUUUUUCUCAUCGGACUUUCACGGAGAACUAAAGGAGGACUUGUCUCCACGUGACGAGCAAGCUCCUGUUUGGCUUGUUUGGUAAGGCAAUUGAAAAGGAAUGACUGAUGGUGACGCUUAUGUGAAAAUAAGUCAGAUGAAUGGUGGACUCACGAGAGAGUGAUUCAUUUUGUCUUCUUUCAGGAGGGGUGAAGAUGCAACAUUUUGCUCGCGGCUGUCUGUGAGAGGAAAGGAGGAGAAGAAGAAGAAGAAGGAGGAAAAGAAGAGGAAGGUUUGACAGACGCACGAGUGAAGAGACGGAUGGGAGGAGGGUUAUCCGGCCACUAAAAAGAAAUACAAACAAAUCCCCCUGUACAUUCCCGAGACACCAAGGGGACCGGACACACCGCAGAGGGGAUUUUACAAGAGACACGCGAGACAGGAAAGGAGACUCGUACCGUGCGAAACGACACGGGAGGAGAGGCUUUUGAGGACGUGGGGGGGAGAAAGCCAAAUUAAAAGCGGGAUAUUUCAGAAUGGAAAAGGGAUGUAGCCCGGAGGCAGUGUGGAUUUGAAGCUCUCCCUGACUCUCUAGCACUCUUUUGCAAGAGAACGGGACGGAAUAGAGAGAUAUUGACGGCAAGCGUUGGAGAGUGGAUUUGAAGACAGAGACAACCUGUGUGCCCGUCCCAUCUCCCCCUCUGCUUGUCUCUCUCUCUCUCUCUCUCUCUGGAUGUUCACUGAAUUCAUUUUGGGGAUAUGAAGGAUUUAUCUCGUCUAUGUUAGAAGGAGGAGGCAAAGAAAACGCACGAGUCCCCCACAUCCCUCUCCCCCUCUCUCUCUCUCUCUCUCGCUCUCUCUCUCUCUGUCUCUCUCUCUCUCUCUCCCUCCGUUUUUCUGGAUGUGAAGCAGCAUGCGGCCCGGUGAGAGCUUAGAGGGCUCGCGCUCGGCUCGCGGAAGAUGCAUUGCUGUUAAUAAUAUUACCAAUAGCGGCACGGAACGCUGUCUCGCGCACCCCGCGUCGCCAAAGAGGAGUAUGAAGAGGGGGACGACGAAGAGGAGGAUCAGAGGGAUGAACGAGAGGAUGACUGACGGAGGAAUGACGGUGAUGCGCUGUUUUCUGUGGAGUCUCGUUCUGAGCUCGCUCUCCUCGCGCGCGCAAGGUUUCAUCUACACAUGUGGUGGCACACUGAAAGGCCGAAAUGGCAGUAUAGAAUCGCCAGGCUUUCCCUAUGGCUACCCCAACGGGGCCAACUGCACCUGGGUCAUUGUCGGGGAGGAAGGAAGUAGAAUCCAGCUCAUGUUCUUGUCAUUUGCCAUCGAAGAAGAAUACGACUUCCUGUCCUUGUAUGAUGGACACCCGCAUCCUGCUAACUUCAGGACCAGGAUAACAGGCUUCCAGAUUCCUACGCCUGUCACCAGCACAGGAAAUGUCUUCUCUUUGAGGUUGACCAGUGACUUUGCUGUGUCUGCACAUGGCUUCAAACUCAACUACGAAGAACUCCACAGCACAUCCUGUGGAAACCCCGGUGUCCCACCUAAAGCAGUGCUAAGUGGUGCCGGCCGCUUUGCUGUGGGAGACCAUGUGCAGUACAGCUGUGUCCCUGGUUACGUCUUAGACGGCCAUGCAACACUCACCUGCAUUACCAAUGCUGGAAACACCGCCGUUUGGGACUUCCCUGCUCCGAUUUGUCGAGCUGAGGACACAUGUGGGGGCACUGUGAGGGGCGGCAGUGGGGUGGUGACCAGUCCCGGUUACCCCGGCAACUAUAGUAACCAGGCCGACUGUACUUGGAUCCUAUUGGCCGAACCUGGAGACACCAUCUCUGUCAUCUUUACAGACUUCCAGUCAGAGGAGAAGUACGACUACCUGGAAGUGGAGGGGUCUGAACCACCAACCAUUUGGUUGUCAGGCAGUAAUGUCCCUUCUCCCAUCGUCAGCAACAAGAACUGGCUCCGACUGCAUUUUGUGACUGAUGCCAACCACCGUUACCGUGGCUUCAGCGCACAUUAUCAAGGCCAAGAUGAAAUCAGAGUUGAUGUAGCCUCUCACCCUGUGAAGCGAUCAGUAGAUUUUAAAUCGCGGGGAGUUAAAUUAUUCCCUGGCAAAGACUCCAGCAACAAGUUUUCAAUAUUAAACGAAGGAGGAGUGAAACAGGCAUCCAACUCCUGCCCUGACCCGGGAGAGCCAGAGAAUGGAAAACGCCAUGGCAGCGAUUUCAGCAUUGAAAGUGCGGUGCAGUUCACUUGCGGAGAAGACUAUGUUCUUCAGGGCAGUAAAACCAUCAGCUGCCAGAGAGUGGCUGAGGUCUUCGCAGCCUGGAGUGACCACAGACCAGUCUGUAAAGUGAAGACAUGUGGCAGUAAUCUUCAAGGGCCGUCAGGAACCUUUACAUCUCCUAACUUCCCAAUUCAAUACGAGAGCAACGCACAGUGUGUGUGGAUAAUUACUGCUUCAAAUCCCAACAAGGUAAUCCAGAUCAACUUUGAGGAGUUUGACCUGGAGAUAGCCUAUGAUACUCUGACCAUAGGAGAUGGAGGGGAGGUGGGAGAUCCGACAGCUAUACUGCAGGUCCUAUCAGGGAGCUUUGUUCCUGACCUGAUAGUCAGCAUGACCCACCAGAUGUGGCUUCACCUGCAGUCAGAUGAGAGUGUCGGAUCGAUAGGAUUCAAGAUCAACUAUAAGGAAAUAGACAAAGAGAGUUGUGGGGACCCUGGAACUCCUCUAUAUGGAAUAAGAGAAGGGGACAGCUUCUCAAAUGGAGGAAUCCUGAGGUUUGAGUGCCAGUUUGGCUUUGAGCUGAUUGGAGAGAGAACUAUCUCCUGCCAAGACAACAAUCAGUGGUCAGCAAACAUCCCCAUAUGCAUAUUCCCCUGCAUGUCCAACUUCACAGCUCCCUCAGGAACUGUCCUCUCCCCAGAUUACCCAGAAGGCUAUGGGAACAACAUGAACUGUGUCUGGCUCAUCCAAUCAGAGCCAGGCUCCAGAAUUCAUUUGGCAUUCAAUGACUUUGAUCUUGAGGCGCCCUACGAUUCCCUAACUCUGAAAGAUGGCGAGACAAAUGAUGCCAGCGUGAUUGGGAGGUUCUCUGGAGCUGAGAAUCCUUCCCAUCUGACGUCCAAUACCAACACACUGAGGCUGGAGUUUCAGGCUGAUCACUCCAUGUCAGGGAGAGGAUUUAACAUCACAUACAGUACAUUUGGCCAUAAUGAGUGCCCAGACCCUGGUAUUCCCAUCAACGCUCGCCGCUUUGGAGACAGCUUCCAGCUUGGCAGCUCCAUUUCUGUGGUCUGCGAGGAUGGUUUCAUCAAAACCCAAGGAACCGAGACCAUCUCCUGUCAGUUAGAAAAAGGAAAAGUCAUGUGGAGUGGGCCCAUCCCUAAAUGUGAAGCCCCGUGUGGAGGCCACUACUCAGCCCCGAAUGGAGUGAUUUUGUCUCCUGGUUGGCCUGGUUACUACAAAGAUUCCCUCAGCUGUGAGUGGGUGAUUGAAUCAGAACCUGGACGCUCCAUCAAAGUCACAUUUGACAGGUUCCAGACAGAGCUGGGUUAUGAUUUUUUGGAGAUCCAUGAUGGGCCAAACCUCCUGUCUCCUCUGGUUGGCUCCUUCAAUGGUACCCAGGUGCCCCAGUUCCUGUUCAGCAGCAGCAACUUUCUGUAUCUACUGUUUACCACCGAUAACAGCCGAUCAAAUGCUGGCUUCAAAAUAAUAUAUGAAAGCGUUACAGUGGACAGCUACUCGUGCCUGGACCCUGGUAUCCCCGUCAAUGGGAUUCGGUACGGGCAGGACUUCUCCAUCGGGUCCACAGUAUCAUUUGGUUGUGAUUCUGGCUACAGACUCAGCCACGAGGAGCCACUAGUAUGUGAGAAGAACCACUGGUGGAGCCACACUUUACCUACAUGUGAUGCUUUAUGUGGCGGGGAUGUUAGAGGUCCCUGGGGAACCAUCCUUAGUCCCGGCUAUCCAGACAGCUACCCUUCAUCUCUCAACUGUACCUGGACCGUUGAAGUCAGCCACGGGAAAGGUGUCCAGUUUCAGUUCAGCUCUUUUCAUCUGGAGGACCAACACGACUACCUCUUGGUUACUGAAAACGGAAGUUUCGUGCAACCGCUGGCUCGCCUGACAGGCAACGAGUUGCCUAGCAACAUCAAUGCCGGUCUCUAUGGCAACUUCAAAGCCCAGCUACGAUUCAUCUCUGACUUUUCGAUUUCAUAUGAGGGCUUCAACAUAACUUUCUCUGAAUAUACUUUGGAGCCGUGCGAGGACCCUGGGAUGCCUCCGUUUAGCAGGAGAAAUGGCUACAGCUUUGGGAUUGGAGACAGUUUGUCAUUUUCCUGCAAUAUGGGAUACCGCCUGGAGGGGUCGCCCGAGGUAAUCUGUCUGGGAGGAGGGCGGAGAAUGUGGAGCUCACCUCUACCAAGAUGUGUCGCGGAGUGUGGUUCUUCCGUUAUAAACAAUGAGGGGAUCAUUCUCUCUCCAAACUAUCCGAUGAACUAUGACAACAACCACGAGUGCAUCUACAGCAUCCAGGUGCAAGCUGGGAAAGGCAUCAACAUCUCUGCUAGAACCUUUCAUCUUGCCCAAGGAGAUAUACUAAAGAUUUAUGACGGUAAAGACAGCGCAACCCACGUUCUCGGAGCAUUCACAGGAUCGUCUAUGUUGGGCCUGACGCUGAUCUCCACUUCAAACCAGCUGUGGCUGGAAUUUUACAGUGAUGGAGAAAGUACAGGGGAGGGAUUCAAACUGGUCUACUCCAGUUUUGAGUUGUCUCAUUGUGAGGAUCCAGGCGUGCCCCAGUUUGGCUUCAAGGUCAACGACCAAGGCCAUUUCUCCGGGAGCAGCAUCACAUACAGAUGUGAGCCCGGAUACACUCUGCACGGGGCCACCACCUUGAAGUGCAUGACAGGCGAAAGGAGAGCCUGGGAUAACCCUCUGCCUUCUUGUAUCGCGGAGUGCGGUGGUCGUUUUAAAGACAAGUCUUCAGGGAGGAUUCUUUCCCCUGGGUACCCUUUCCCUUAUGACAAUAAUCUGCGCUGCACCUGGACCAUCGAGGUGGACUCAGGAAACAUUGUGAGUCUUCAGUUAUUGGCCUUCGACACGGAAGCCAGCCACGACAUGCUGAAGAUUUGGGACGGACCACCUGAGAAUGAAAUGUCUUUGUCAGAGCUCAGUGGGUCUCUGCUACCCGAGAGAAUCCACUCCACACUGAACACCGUCACUGUUCAGUUCGAGACUGAUUUUUACAUCAGCAAGUCGGGAUUCGCUAUUCAGUUCUCAAGCUCAGUAGCUACAGCCUGCAGGGACCCAGGCGUACCAAUGAAUGGCAGUCGUAGUGGAGAUGGCCGUGAGCCGGGGGAUUCGGUGUCCUUUCAGUGCGACCCAGGAUACGAGCUCCAGGGGGACGACAAAAUCACCUGUAUACAAGUGGAUAACAGAUACUACUGGCAGCCCAGCCCGCCUGCCUGCAUAGCUCCAUGUGGAGGAAACCUGACUGGCUCCAGUGGAUUUAUUCUUUCUCCUAACUACCCACAUCCCUACCCUCAUUCCAAGGACUGUGAUUGGCUCAUUGCUGUCAACUCUGACUACGUCCUCUCGCUGGCUUUCAUUGGUUUCAACAUUGAACCAAACUAUGACUUCCUGUAUAUCUACGAUGGUCCGGAUAGCAACAGUCCUCUGAUUGGUAGCUUUCAAGACAGCAAACUCCCAGAGCGGAUAGAGAGCAGUUCGAAUACGAUGCAUUUAGCAUUCCGCAGUGAUGGGUCUGUUUCUUACACUGGCUUUCACCUGGAAUACAAAGCCAAGCUGAGGGAAUCAUGUUUCGACCCAGGUGUUGUUUUGAAUGGGACCAGGCUGGGAUCCGAUUAUAAGCUUGGCUCUACUGUCACCUUCUAUUGUGAGGCUGGAUACGUUUUGCAGGGCUAUUCUACCCUAACCUGCAGUAUGGGAGAUGACGGCAGACCUGGAUGGAACAGGGCAUUGCCUAGUUGUCAAGCUCCCUGUGGAAGCCGUUCUACAGGAACGGAAGGGACUGUUUUAUCUCCAAACUUCCCCAGAAACUAUACGUCUGGACAGAGCUGUAUCUACUCUAUAUCUGUACCUAGAGAGUUUGUCCUUUUUGGACAGUUUGUGUUGUUCCAGACAUCUCUAAAUGAUGUGGUGGAAAUCUACGAUGGACCAACUCAACAAAGCACGCUGCUUUCUUCUCUCUCGGGGUCCCACUCUGGUGAGUCUCUACCUCUGAGUACGGGAAACCAGAUCACAAUCAAGUUUACCACGGUCGGACCAGAGACUGCUAAAGGAUUUCACUUCGUCUACCAAGCUGUACCGAGGACCAGCUCGACCCAGUGCAGUUCAGUCCCUGAGCCGCGCUUUGGGAAGCGGCUGGGUAACGACUUUGCAGUUGGCUCGUUGGUCCAGUUCGAGUGCAACCCUGGUUAUGUCCUGCAUGGCUCCACUGCCAUACGGUGUGAGAGUGUCCCUGACAACCUGGCAAAAUGGAAUGACACCCUGCCUACAUGCAUAGUUCCCUGUGGGGGUGCGUUGACCUCUCGACGUGGGACCAUCCUAUCGCCUGGAUAUCCAGAGCCCUACGACAACAACCAGAACUGCGUGUGGAAGGUCUCCGUUCCAGAGGGGGCUGGAAUACAGAUACAAGUUGUGAGUUUUGCCACUGAGCAUAACUGGGACUCUUUGGAUUUUUACGAUGGUGCUGACAACCACGCACCGAGACUGGGCAGCUACUCUGGCACGACCAUCCCCCCUCUCUUGAAUAGUACAUCUAACAACCUCCAUCUCAGCUUCAGCUCUGAUAUUAGUGUCUCAGCUGCUGGUUUUCACCUGGAAUAUACAGCUAUUGGUCUGGAGUCAUGUCCCGAGCCUCAGACGCCAAACUAUGGAAUAAGACAAGGAGACAGAUUUAUGGUGGGAGACGUAGUCCAGUUUUCAUGUGAACAAGGAUACUCUCUUCAGGGCAAUGCCCAUAUCACCUGCAUGCCUGGACCUGUUAGAAGAUGGAACUACCCUGUGCCACUAUGUCUUGCCCAGUGUGGGGGGUCUAUGACAGAUGUAAGUGGAGUGAUUCUAAGUCCUGGUUUCCCCGGUAACUACCCCAGUGGAUUAGACUGCACAUGGACGGUCAACUUACCUGUCGGCUUUGGUAUCCAUCUCCAGUUUCUGAACUUCUCCACUGAAGCGAUCCACGAUUACUUGGAGAUCCGCAGUGGAACGCUGGAGACGGGCUCGGUCAUUGACCGGUUCAGCGGUCCGGUCAUCCCCAAGCCUCUGUUCAGCACCACCCACCAGACCAGCUUCUUCUUCCACAGUGACUAUUCACAAAACAAGCCAGGGUUCCACAGCACAUAUCAAGCCUACCAGCUCCAGAGUUGCCCAGACCCCCGGCCUUUUCGAAACGGCAUUGUGAUUGGCACAGAUUUCAGUGUCGGGAUGACGGUGUCGUUUGAAUGUCUGCCCGGAUAUUCUCUGAUCGGAGAGGCUUCACUCACAUGUUUACAUGGAAUCAGCAGGAACUGGAAUCACCCACUACCGCGAUGUGAAGCUCUCUGUGGUGGCAACAUCACAUCAUUAAAUGGAACCAUUUACUCUCCUGGUCACCCAGAGGAAUACCCCAACUUCCAGGACUGUGUGUGGAGUGUUAGAGUUCCUCCUGGACACGGCAUUUACAUCAAUUUUACUGUACUGAGCACUGAGCCCAUAUAUGACUACAUUACCGUCUGGGAUGGUCCAGACCAAUCAUCUCCUCAGAUUGGACAGUUUAGUGGGAACACAGCUUUGGAGUCGGUCUACUCGACUUCCAACAUCAUCCUCAUCAAAUUCCACUCCGACUUCUCUGGAGCCGGCUUCUUUGUCUUAAGCUACCAUGCCUACCAAUUAAGGGUUUGCCAGCCUCCACCAGAAGUGACCAAUGCUGACAUGCUGAUGGAGGACGGCGAAUUGGAGAUAGGUGACAUCAUCAGGUACAGAUGUCAACCCGGGUUCUCAUUGGUUGGCAGCGAGAUUCUAACAUGUCGCCUCGGAGAAAGACUACAGAUGGAUGCAUCACCUCCAACGUGCCAAGUCCAAUGCCCUGCGCAUGAUGUGCGAUAUGACUCGUCAGGUGUCAUCCUGAGUCCCGGUUGGCCAGAAAGCUACCCCAACCUCCAAAUGUGUUCAUGGAGCAUCACCGUAGAAAAGGGAUACAAUGUCACCAUAACCUUUGAAAGUUUCCACACUGAGAGAGAGUUUGACGUGUUGGAGAUUUUUGAUGGUCCAACAGCCAACAGUCCCACUCUGGCAACUCUGAGCGGAGACCUGCCAGCACCCUUUAACCUCACAACCUCUGGUCACCAGUUCCUGGUCCGCUGGUCUUCGGACCAUGGCACAAACAAGAGAGGCUUCAAAAUGCACUAUGUUGCUCUGUACUGCUCGACCCCAGACUCUCCGCUCCACGGCUCUAUCUCCUCUCAGAGCGGCGGCCAUGUUAACAGCGUGGUGCGCUGGGCUUGCGACCGCGGUUACCGUCUCAUAGGCAACGCCACAGCAACCUGCCGCCGCACGUCGCUCGGCUACCACGCGUGGGACUCUCCGGUACCUGCGUGCCAAGCUGUCUCUUGCGGGGCACCCAAGGCUCCCAUAAAUGGCGGCGUUUUAACAGCCGACUACUCUGUCGGAACAAGAGUUUCCUAUUUUUGUAACGACGGGUUCAGACUCUCCAGCAAGGAACUGACGUCAGCCAUCUGUCAGCCUGAUGGCACAUGGAGCAACCACAAUAAGAUACCGCGAUGUUCUGUGGUGGUGUGCUCCAGCAUCGGGUCAUUUUCUUUAGAGCACGGCCGCUGGAGGAUUGUCAACGGCUCACAUUACGAAUACCGAACUCGCAUUGUGUUCACCUGCGACCCGGGAUACUACAGAUUGGGCCCCGCCCACAUCCAGUGCUUACCGACUGGCGUGUGGAGCUGGAGAAAUGAGAGGCCGCACUGCCAGGUUAUAUCAUGCGGUGAGCUGCCAUCUCCACCCAGUGGGAAGAAGAUUGGUACUCAGACAACAUUUGGCGCUACGGCCAUCUUUACCUGCGACGCUGGGUUCAUGCUGGUGGGGUCAGCUGUCAGAGAGUGCCUGUCAUCUGGGCUUUGGAGUGGAAUGGAAACAAGAUGUUUUGCUGGUCACUGUGGAAUCCCAGAAGGCAUUGUGAACGGCCAGGUGAUCGGAGAGAACUUUGGUUACCGUGAUACGGUCGUGUAUCAGUGUCUGCCCGGCUUUCGACUAAUAGGCUCAUCUGUUCGCAUCUGUCUCCAAGACAACCAGUGGUCUGGACAGCUACCCGUCUGCAUACCGAUCAGCUGCGGCCAUCCAGGAAGUCCCAUAUAUGGUCGUACGGUGGGAAAUGGCUUCAACCUCAACAAUGUGGUCAGCUUCAUUUGCAAUAGGGGUUAUGAAAUGGAGGGGCCCGCACGUGCUCAGUGUCAGGCCAACCGCCAGUGGAGCCACCCGCCCCCAACAUGUAAAGUGGUCAAUUGCUCUGAUCCAGGUAUCCCAGCCAACUCCAUCCGCCAGAGUAAAAUAGAGCAUGGGAACUUUACCUUUGGCACUGUGGUUUUCUACGACUGUAACCCGGGGUAUUACCUGUUUGGAUCACCUGUACUGACCUGUCAACCUACUGGACAGUGGGACAAACCGCUACCUGAAUGUAUAGUUGUAGAUUGUGGUCAUCCCGGCUCUCCCCCUAACGGUGUGCUGAGCGGAGAUAAGUUUACAUUCGGUUCAACAGCUCGAUACUCCUGUCUGGGUGGAAGACAUUUGAAAGGAGAAUCAUCCAGGACUUGUCAGCUCAACGGCAUGUGGAGUGCCCCCAUGCCCUUCUGCUCUGGCGACACGGCUGGUUCCUGCGGUGAUCCUGGCAUUCCCUCCCAGAGUUCGAGGGAACAAACAGAUUUCAGGAUCCGUUCCAACGUUCACUUCAGCUGCUCGGAGGGCUAUGAUCUGAUCGGUUCUUCGGAGAGGAUGUGCUUCCCCAACGGGACGUGGUCUGGCACGCAGCCCUUCUGUAAACCUGUCCAGUGUGGUAACCCCGGCACUCCCAGUAAUGGCAGAGUAUUCCGUUUGGAUGGUACGACCUUUUCUCACUCUGUCAUCUACUCCUGCGUGGACGGCUACCUGCUCACCGGCGCCACCACCAGGCUGUGUCAGGCCAACGGGACGUGGACAGGGGCACAGCCGAACUGUACCAUGAUAAAUUGCGGGGAUCCAGGUGUGCCAGCUAACGGGCUUCGCUACGGAGAAGACUUUACAAUCGGUCAGAAUGUUUCCUUCCAGUGCCAACCAGGAUACAGAAUGGAGGAGGACGGAUCACCUGUGAGGACGUGCACCCACAAUGGGACGUGGAGUGGGAAUAUGCCCAUGUGUACAGCUGUGACCUGCCCGCCUCCCCCUGCCAUCAGUAAUGGGGUACUGCAGGGCAGCGACUUUGAAUGGGGCAGCAGCGUGAGCUACAGUUGCUCACCUGGGUAUGAGCUCUCAUUCCCAGCUGUCCUGACCUGCGUGUCCAAUGGCACCUGGAGCGGCAUGCUACCGCAGUGCUUACCCAAGUUUUGUGGUGACCCAGGUACUCCAGCCGGUGGUUUCAGAGAGGGACGAAGUUUCAUCUACCAAUCAGAAGUCGCCUUCAGUUGUGCUUCUCCUCUCAUUGUUGUCGGCACAGCCACCAGGCUUUGUGAGAGUGACGGUACCUGGAGCGGCACGCAUCCUCGCUGUAUCGAGCCGACCAAGACUAGCUGUGAUAACCCAGGAACGCCGCGCUACGGCUCCUUAAACCGGACCUUCGGUUUCAAGGUGGGAAACGUGGUGUCUUUUCAGUGCCAGCCGGGUCACUUGAUUCAGGGCUCUUCCUCUCGAACCUGCCAGCCUGAUCUGACGUGGAGCGGAGCACAACCUGAGUGCAUACCCCAUGCCUGUAAGCAGCCGGAGAGCCCGCUCCAUGUGGACGUGGUGGGGAUGGAUCUGCCUGGUUUUGGCUACACCUUGGUGUACAGCUGUCAGCAUGGCUUCUUCCUGGCGGGUGGUUCUGAACACAGAGUCUGCAAGAAUGACGGCACUUGGACGGGAAAGAUGCCUAUAUGUCGAGCUGGAGAGAAGAAAAAGCCGGUGAAACCAGCAACAGGAACUCCCAGUCCCAAACUAAACGUUCCCGACGACGUCUUUGCUCCUAACUACAUAUGGAAAGGUUCCUAUAAUUACCGUGGGAGGAAGCAGCCGAUGACAUUGAGCAUCACCAGCUUUAACUCCACAACGGGGAGAGUCAACGUCUCCCUGAGCAACGGCAAUAUGGAACUGCUCCUGUCAGGAGUAUAUAAGGCUUCCGAGGCCAGGCUGUCACUGCUGAUGUACCAGGUGAACUAUGAGAACCAGGGAAACCAGCUCAAAGAUUCAGCCAUCUCUCCAGCCAAAAUCAUAGAUGACUCAUGGACCAUGGAUGGAUUUGUAUCGGCAGAGCCUGACGGUUCUAGUUACGUAUUCCAGGGUUUCAUUCAGGGAAAAGACUACGGACAGUUUGGACUCCAAAGACUGGGUCUGAAUAUGUCAGAGAGCCAGAACUCGCCACCACCUCAGCUUGGUACCAACAGCAGCUCUGUGGCUAUCGCUAUUCUGGUGCCUUUCUUUGCUCUUAUCUUCACUGGCUUUGGCUUCUAUCUCUACAAACAAAGAACCACACCAAAAACACAGUACACAGGCUGCUCAGUCCAUGAGAACAACAACGGCCAGGCUGCCUUUGAGAACCCCAUGUACAACACCAACGCCAAGGCUGUGGAGGAGAAGGUUGUUAGAUUCGAUCCGAAUCUAAAUACUGUCUGCACCAUGGUCUGAGGAUUGAUUAUCCUCUCUUAAAACUCAAUGACUUAGAUAUCUAAUGGGACCACAAUUGGUGUGAGACUGUGGAGGGGGAAGCCUUCGACGCAGACCUGAACAUCGUCAGCAAGGCGGUCUAUACAUUGAUUACAAACUACCUUCAGUCCCAGUUCAGAAACCUAACCUCUCCCCAAGCAGAGGGAACGCUGUCCACUUGAAACCAAAACGCAGCGUUGGCUCCUUUCUUUUACAGCAUUUUGUAUCCACAGAUGAAAUUGAAAACAAAUGUGACCACAAAAUGUCUGCUACCUUUGACUGAUGCGACGCAGAUGUGCCAUCAAGUGACAGAAAUGGAUGCUACCCAAAGGAAAACGAAAGCGGCUAUUAUCCAUCUCUAACCCCAAGACUCGGCUGGUCAUGGAUAGUUUAUAAUUUGAUUCUCAACCCAACACAGCCAUUUUACUUGGACUUCUUAUUUAACCCCAAUCACUCUCUCUAAUACCAAUGGUAAUGAUUAAGCCAUGACCUGCUCGUCGGUUAUCAUGAUAUGUCACCACAACCCAAUGGCGAGUUUUAUAUUACACACAGAGCUUUGGAGAGAGAGAUAGAGAGAGAGAGAGCGCACGUCAUCAGCGCUCUCACCAUGGUUGUACAUCAUUUGAGAUAAACUGCACUACAAAAAUGCGUUGAUUUAAUUUGUACCGCCUUGUCUCCUCAUCUGUACUGAACUGAAAUCCUUACUGUGAGGAACACUGAAGCAAAAUGGCCACAGAUGGAAAAGUGUGACACUGUGAAGGCAAAGAAACCGGUUUCUAAAUAUGUGGGUUUGAAACUGACAGUGAAAGACGCUGUCACCAGCAGAGCAUCGGUUAACUGCACCGACUCGUUGUUGAAUAGGAGCCUGUGAAUGCGACUCGAACAGUACAACCUUCUGUCUCCACAACAACCAGAGGCUCGUAUUACCAGUCUUUUGUUUUUUUUUUUCUAUGAAAGCGGACUCUAAAAACGGCUAAUGCUAGCAGACAGUAGCAAAAGUUGCUUUGAAAAGAGACUAACUCCUAAGCAAAGGAUAAGGGCAGCCCUGGAGACGGAGCUCUAAUCCUAGCUGAACUGGGAUUAGAGCAAAGCAACACUAAAAGGAGUCUGAGGGGGAGCUAGCACUACUAGAACAGAUGAGAAGAGACUGCCUCAUCUGAUGGAUACACUGCUCUUUCAUAUCCACUGGCUAAGAGAAGGAGGAGACAGAGACAACACCGGAACUGAACUGAAAGAAGAGUAAAGGAGUCAUCAAGAGAAGAGACGAGAUCUUAGAAUCCUAACACAGCCAAUCAGAGCCUGUGAAACCUGAAAUCAACCGCUGAGAGAGGUCAACCUUCCCUCUACAUCAUGAAUCGGAUCAGACAGAAUAUGGCCUUGAGGAAAGAUGAUCCUGAUCCUGUGAAUUUAAAUGGAUUCUGAUGAAAAACGGGCGCUGAAUAGAUACAGAGGACUCUGAUGGACUAACAAAGAAAAAUACUUUGAGAAACAGAGAAAGCUCUGGCACUAAAGCACAUUUUACAGGAACACUACCUGUCUACCCACUGAGAGAUGGACUAACACAUGGACAGAUAGAGAGGUGAGAGAGAAACUGACAGGGUGAAUGACAGACAGAGGAGAUGACAGGUACACACACUAACACAAAUCUGUAGAGACAGACAGAAAGACAGAUGGUGUAAAGACCAACAGCUAGACACACAAGGAAGAUAGACAGGUUCAAGACAAGCAGGGUCUUAAGACUGUUGCAGACCAUCAUCCAUUACUCCACAGACAGGUUUACGGUUUGAACACGGAUUAACAGGUUUAUAGAAGGACGGACACAGAGACAGGCCGAUCGACGGGAGACACAGACGGACAUUGACAGACAGGCUCAAAGAAAGACAAACAGGGUUGUAGCCCUACGACUGUGGACACAGUUCCACUGUAAUUCUGCACUCUGCGAGUGCUUAUCUUCUUUCUUUGUUAUUGCUGCAGAAUCUUCUGAUCUGUAAAUCUAUUGCAUAUAUAUUCGGGAGCAUUCACCACCUAUAUUUUUGUGCUAUAUAUUUACCACGGGGGGGGCUGAAGGAGAAAGACGGAUUAUAGCGAUUAUAGAGUUUUUAGCGAGAACAAAAAAUGAAAUAUGAGAAUAAAAGAUACUGCGUGCUGUUCACAGAAGUCACACACACAGUAUUUUCCUUUCCUGCAUUGGAAUUGGUUUAUUUUAAUAUCCUGUGUAACGUGAAGUUCCUCUCACUAUCACUGUCUUUCCCACUGAGGCAAUCACGAGUGUCAGCGGUAUUGUUGUUGUCAUUAUUGUCGAGAUGCAAGGUUUGCCAGCAGCAAUCAUGCUCUUUAAAGUUGACGUGUAGUUUGUGCUAUGGCCAUUUGUUUUGCCCCUUCACUAGAACUGUUGGCUACUGUACGUGUCCUCCACAAAUGCCGCCAUUGUGACACAGACAACAUUUUAAUGAUCUGCUGGAAUAAACGGUUCUGUUUUCUAACCUAACUGGUGAUAUGAUGCCACAGACAUUUUGCACAUCAAAACUCAGAGAUGUCAACAGGAUGCAGUGUUGUCGAGUUAACACAGAGAAAUCCCGGGUCUCAAUGGAACCCACUCGUUGAUUACACAUGGCCAAACGGUCUCUCACAAGGCCACGUAACAGAAGAAACACACGGGGAAAACAAUAGUAAUGAUGAUAAUAAUAGUAAUUGCUUGUGAACUGCCCAACAUGUAGUUUGUGGACGACGGUGUAUGUACAAGAUGUUUCCACCCAUGUAGAAAAUGUGUGUAUUAGUUCAUGUUUUUAUUUUUUUCAUCACACAUUUUAGGAUGUUUUCAAUGGGUUAGUUUGUGAAAUAUUACUGAAAUUACUUUCUAAUUCCGUUGCAAAAUGCACAGGUUUUAACCUCUGUAAAUCACCUGAGUCUAGGUCCUCCCUGUGUUAAAGAUGUCUCACAAAUCAAUACUGAAGUGUCUGAGGUCCAAAUGAAUUCUGUUUUAGGGGGUUUCUGAUAAGAUUUAAUGUGCCCUAGUACCAAAAUCCACAUUCACUAUGAAUUGGCGCACGUUAUUAUUUUCAAGCCUUUAAUUUUAGUUGUUUAAAAAAAAAAGUUUGUACUACCUUUGGCACGUCCUAAGUAGAUUUUAAUCAGUGUUUUGCUUGUGUACAAAAGCUAAAUGGCCUUGAAUGUCAUUUAUUUCAGAGACACUGAAGCGUUGGACUGUCCAUUUGGGAGGAGAGCUUAGGAUUCCACGUCGACAAUUCAGUAAAUCCAUACACAUAACUGAAGGCCAUUGAGAUUUAAUAUUUCCCCUUGCUUUUGCUUAUUUUUAUUUCAUGAAAAUAUAGCCUUAUAAUCUUCGCUCAAUGUUGCUUGGCUGGUAGCUAUCUGAUCCACCAACCUAACUCUUUCAGACUCUGCUGGUCAACCUUCACUGUAUUUAGCUGCCGUGAGCCACUGGAGGCUGCUGUUGCACAUGUUGUUUGGCGUUUCUGAUAGUUUUGUGUGCCGUAAGUGAACCACUGCUAAGUGAAGAGAACUUGCUUGAUUUUUGCGUGCAACCACGCAUAACACAUCCAUAUAGUGGUGUCAUAUUGUAAGAGCUGGGCCUGAAAAUGCACCAUAAUACCAUAGCUAUAUUAAUUAGUCCCCACAUGACAGGAAGUCAUGUAUCAAUGAGCAUGAGUCACUGUUUGUCAGCUUUAGUGCCCAUUUCAGGAAAGACAUAUACAUAUAUACUUGUUUUGAAGAGCCUGGUUUAAAGGCGUACAUCUAAAGUAGGUGAGUUUGGGCCGCACACAUGAUGAAUACCGGUUGGUUUUAAUGAGUUUUGGUCUCAGGGUGAGCGAAAACAUCUACUUUGCUUUUAGAACCCCUGCUGUCGUGACCACAGGCGCCGGCUGCAACCAGCUGAGAGAAAACUCCUUUUUUAAAAAUCAUUCCUGAUUUAAAAGCAGUGGUAGCUGAGGCUUCCUUGUUUAUCACGGCUGCAACUGUCCUGUAAUUCAUCGCUAUAGUGUCAUUGUUUCUUAUUACGGUUUGGAUUGAUUGUUGCUGCUGCUGCUGUUGUCGUCAUCGUUGUCGCUGCUGCUGUUGUUGUUUUUUUCGGUAUGGAUCUGACACAGUGCCUACCAAAAACCAUGGGACCCUCCCCGUCUUCUACACACACACACACACACACACACACGCUCUUUCAAACACAUACACGCUCAAACCUGCUCAAGCGCUCCCCUUCAUCAGAAGUCAUUUUUUUCUAAGCUUCAGUCUAUUUUGCCACAAGCUUUUCCUACUGACUGACCGCAAUAAGACCCAUGUGAUUUGAAAGACGUAAAGCUGUUCCUGCCUGGGGACAUUGGAAAUAUUCACCAUUUGAAAAAAAAAAAAAAAGAAGAAAUAUAGAAUAAAAAAGUGUUUUGUACAGAAAUAUAUUUUUAUGAUGAAAUUAUUUGUAAAAUGUAUGAAUCUAUUAUGUAAAUUUCCAAUGCAAUGUAAGAUUAAAAAAGGCUAAUUGCUUUUGUAAAAAAAAAAACUGUCUGUCUUUGCUCUCUUUUCACUUCCGAUUACUCUGCAAACGGACAUAUGGCAUAACGACUUCAACUGAUUUAUAACAGGCAAACAAAACGUUACACCUGAACAUGGAAAGCUCUGACUGGAAAACUAGUUUCAGGGAGAGCCUUGAAGGGGAAAUACUGCAGGCACAAAGUGUAUAGAAAGAUACUAUACCUCACCUUGAGAUGAACUCCCUAAACUUAUUCCAUUCAUUCAGAGUGAAACUCCUUGAAUCCAACAUUCCACUGCACCUUUGACUGCUGGUGUUACUUUCUGCAACAGAAGCAGGUAAUGGAAAAAGCAAAAUGCUGAGUUCUUACAAGAGAUAUUACCAACUUGAGAAUUUUUUACAGCUUGAAAGUGCAUGUCUGCAGUUUUUUUAUUCUCAAGCAUUCAUUGUACAAACUCAUGAUACUUACAGUCCUCCAACUUUGAAUAUUUAGAGACAGAAUCUCUCAUCUCUCAUUCACUCACAGGUUUCUAUGGAUCAUAUUUAUAUCUGGACACUGGUCUUGCCGCUGCCGUAGUUGUGACAUAUGCAAGAUUAAUUUCCCUGGUUGCUCGGAUCGUGACAGUGAGCGUUUGAACUGUCGGGGAGAGACAGUCACGUCUCUUAAGUCCUGCAUGGUGACAUGUAGCUGUGUUGGGCUGCCCUUUCAAUAGUGUCGAUAGAGGGGUGGUCUGUCUUCAAAUCAUGUGCCAACAUGUGUUAGGGUACUUCGCAGUAACUUAGAGAGCUUUGCUUAUAGGAGGGAUAUUUUGAAAUAUAGUAUUUAUCAUCAUACAGUUGUGAAAUAAUUAACUAGCCAUGUAAAAUGUUGGGAUUUACUCUAACCUCCUACAUUAGGACAGUGUCUUUAUGCCAUCAUUCACUAACAGGUUAUGGAUCAUAUUUAUAUCUGACACUGGUCAUUGGCCACUGCCGCUGUUGUGGCACAUGCAUCAUGAGAUUCCAUGGCUGCUUAUACCGAUGCUGACGGUGAGCGUUUGAACUGUCGGGGAGAGACAGUUCUUACAUCCUGUAAGGUGGCAUGGCGCUGUGUUGGCCAAUCCACAGGCUGCUGUCAGGGUGGGCGGUCAGUCUUCUUCCUCAAGUAUGUCAUGUGUUAGUCUGUGUGAGGGUACUACCGGUGUCCGAUGUAGGAUGGUGGGGUAAUAUACUCUCACCACACUCCUGUCGUGUAAACCAGUAGCAUAUCUGACCUGUAACAUUGGAUUCAGAAUAGAUUUUGUCCGUUAGCACUUUUUUUAAUUUGGCUUAGUAUGUUUGGUGACACCAUGAUAAUUUAAGGAUUACCAAAUCCUUUUUAAUGGAUUUUUAAUGGUUUUUAUGCUCUCAUUCACUCACUCGUUGUUCUUUCUCUCCUCGCUGUAUCAUUAACGCACAUUGCUGACUUUGCUCCUCCACCGGAGUCUCUGUGCUUUCCCACCUCGCAGGUUUCCAUGGAUCCUGGUGAUACCUGGACCCUGGU